AAAACAAGGUUGUAAAAAUGUUGGCAGUUGUUGUUGCUGUAUUUGCAACAUUAUGGUUACCAUAUCGUGCAUUGGUUGUUUAUAAUUCAUUUUCAUUUCCACCAUAUAUGGAAUUAUGGUAUUUGAUGUUUGCCAAAACGAUGAUUUUUGUCAAUAGUGCAAUCAAUCCAAUUAUAUACAGUGCAUGUAGUAUGAAAUUUCGUCGUGAAUUUAAACGUAUGUUAACAUGUGGAAGAAAAAAACGUCAAUCAACAAAUAUGGCUAAUUAUCGUUAUACUGCUGGUAUUACUACAACAAGACAUGGUAUUGCUAUGAAAUCUGUUGCACAUGAUUUUGGUGGUGGUGGUGGUAGGGGUGAUAAUGGAAUAAAUGAAUCAUCAUCAAUGACAUUCACAAUGGGGCCUAAUGAAUUAUCAGAAUUUCCCGCAACGAAUAAUAAUAAAUUUCGACGAACAUCACCGCCAUCUAGUGAUAAUUUAGACUUUCAAACAAAUCGAUCCAAUCAAUUUAAACAACAACAACAACAACAUUCAUCAACAAUUAGUGUAACAAUUUGUAAUGAAUUAAAAUCUAAACAAGAUGAAACAACAGCCGCAACAUCGAUCAAUAAUCAAUCAAUAAAAAAUCAACAUAAUGAUAAUGAUGAUGUCCCAACAAUUUUGAUUGGAUACGAUAAUCAUCAACAACAACAAUCAACAUCGAUAUUUGAUGAUAAUGAUGAUGAUAAUGAUCAAUCAACAAAAACAUUACGAUCCAUAAUAUCCAGAUCCAUUGCAAAUGGUUCACAAACAAUGAAUAAUAAUAAUAAUAAUAAUAAUAUGAUGGAUGAUUUACAAACAAUAAAAACAACAACUAUAACAAGUAUUGCUGCUGUUUAUAGUGAUCAUAAUCAUGAUGGACAAUUUUUUCGUACUGAAACUAUAUCCAAUAAUAAUAAUAAUAAUGAUAAUGAUCAUCAAUUGGAAUGUCCGGAACAUCAAUUUUGAAUUUUUCUUUAAAAAAAAAUUGAAUUUUCAUUUUGUUUUCUUUGCUUUGAUUCGCGAAUGAUGGAAUUAGGUUUAAUUGAAUA